CCCCAGGCGUGCGCAUGCGCCGGUGUGUGCCGGAGGUCGCCGGCGCCGCAGUUUAACCACGUGUGGUGUAACUUAGGGCAUCAUGUUGUGAAGAGAUGGGGGCUGCGGUGGCUCGCGCAGUCAGGAAUUUCAACCUAGAGAACCGGGCGGAGCGGGAAAUCAGCAGAAUGAAGCCUUCCCCCGCUCCCAGGCACCCCUCCACCAAGAACCUCCUGCGAGAGCAGAUGAGCAGCCAUCCAGAAAUUAAGGGAGAAAUUGAUAGAAAGGAUGACAAACUGCUGUCCUUACUAAAAGAUGUGUAUGUUGAUUCCCAAGAUCCCGUGUCUUCUUUGCAGGUAAAGGAUGCCGGAACACAUCAGAAGCCUCAGGAGUUCAGGUUGCCGAAAGACCAUCAGUUUGACAUUAUGAAUGUUAAGAACAUUCCUAAAGGCAAAAUUUCCGUUGUAGAGGCAUUGACACUUCUCAAUAAUCAUAAACUUUAUCCAGACACAUGGACUGCUAAGAAAAUAGCUGAAGAAUACCAUCUAGAACAGCAAGAUGUAAAUUCCCUUCUCAAAUAUUUUGUUACUUUUGAAGUAAAAAUCUUCCCCCCUGGAGGCAAGAAAGCAAUACAAUCAAAAUGAAGAGAAUCUUGACUUUUCCUGUCUUUGUCCAGAUGCCCUGUUUAUUUUCCUCAUUUGUAGCAUGUUAAAUUAUAUAAAUUACCGAUUGUGUUGAGCUCCCUCCUGGUGAGAGCUUGCUGUUUAUGAACUCUCUUGAAUUUUCAGGAUGCCUGAUAGGAUUGAUUUUUCUCCCUUUUAAACUUUGGUUUAGUUUGUGUUCUUAUGUAAUAUCAGCAUGACUAAUCACAUGUAUAAAUUUACUGUAAAUAAAAGUUACUGUAUUUUAAGCAAAUCUAUCAUCAGCAUUUAGGUUGGUCAUGUAGCCUCUUGGGAAAUGUCCGGAAUCCUUUGUUUAACAUUCAGAGCUUCAUCUUCUAGUGUAGGUGGCUGGUUUAUUCUUCCUGUGGAAUAGUGAAAGGAAGAGUUUUCCGGACUCUUAAGACUGGGACUUUUUUUUUGUUGAGAAAAGGGACGCUUGACAUUGAAGUCCAAUAACAGUGUUUCCUGAAUAAAGGCAGACAGGAGACUGGAUACAAAACAGUAGAAAAUAUAUUUUUAUUACUGUUCCAGGGAAAAAUAACUAGUGGAGGUUUACUUUGUUUUGAAUGAAUUUUACAUGUAAAAUAACUUCUAAAAAAUACAAGCAAGAAUUAGUGUUUAUAAACACUAAUUGUCAGCCUCUGCUUUGACAACCAAACAGGUAAGUCCGAAAGCUUUCAGAGAGGCAGGCGGUGGAAACUCUCUGAAAAAAAAAAUAAGUUUUCUGUGGACUUAGUGUAAAAGUAUAAGAAAAUUUUAAAGCAUAGUUAAAGAACCAUGGUAAAUUGAAUUUGGUGAUCAAAUACAUGUGUUUUUUUCCGAUAUAAAUACUGGUUGAAAGAUGAGAUAAAAAAGAGCAAGUAGAAAUAUAAAGUGUGAUCACUGGAAAAGACUUGGAAGAUUGCUGUCUCGAUCAUUUAACAAACUUAUGAGCAAUGUGAGCCGGUACUUGGGUCUUCAGCAGGAUUGCGUAAGUUUAGCUCUGUCAUAUUAAUACCUCCGGGAGUUUGGGUAGAUUGCACAACCUCUUUGAGAUUGCUUCCUCUGUAAAAUGAAUAUAAUGCUGCUUUAUUAAGUCAAAAGGUUACUGUGAAGAUGCAUAAUGACUACAGAGGAUGGAACAAAUUCGACUUGAAUUUUUGUAGUUGAGAUGAGAAGCCCGGGGAAGUUUCCUGACCUAUUUACGAUUUUUCUGUAGUUUAUGACGUAGUCAGUUUAGGAUUUUAAAAUCCUCGUGGUAUAUUUUUCCUGUGAGCUGUGGGAUAUUCAUAGAAUGUGGUAAGGAAAAUUUCAAGUUAUCAGUGUUUUUCUGAGGGAAGACAGGCAUCCCCUACUUCACAGGGAUUUCCCCUGGAAAUAAUACGGAAGGUGCUGAGGAAUGAAGCAUGGUGAUGGAAUGAGGCCUUUGUAAUGCUGAGAAGAGAAAAACUGACAGAGAUGGGAGUUUUAAGCUGUGUUCAGAUGAAUAAAUUAUACCUAGACCAUAUUUGGUUCAAAACCACUUUUUUUUAAGAAAACAAGAAUUCUGUCUUUAAAAUUGUGUUUUAAAACUCUGGUAACUCAAAUCAUCAAAACUGUUUUUCUUUUCCAAAUAAAGGUCAAUACCUGUACUUGAA